CGACAACAUGGACGUGUGAUCAAUCGCAUGCGAGUAACGUAGAACGACCUUAAUAGUAACAUGGCCGCGAUGUGUAACGUCGCAAUUAAAAACUCGUUGAAGUGUUGUGUGUAGUCGUGUCAUGAUACGCUCAUGAUUACGCUCUUAUAAAAAGCGAUUUCUCUUUAUUGGCAGAACUUUAAUGGAAUAUAAACAUGGUUUGUCUGAACAAGAACAGCAAUUAAACGCACGUGCAUCACGCCGCGUGACGGCUAUGACGUCUGUAGAUUCGGGAGUAGAAACCGGGAACGACUCGAAUGACAGCAUGAUCGUUCAGCAUGAGAAUCAACAACAGCAGCCACAACAAGAACGUAUUUAUACUAUUUGUACUCCUGACAAUAGAAUCAUGACAGUACGUGUAAAUACUGAUAUCACGAUAAGUCAUGGUCAUGAUACACCUCGUAAAGAAGAAUCGAAAUCAUAUGUACACACUAACGCACACCACGAUGUACCUGUUGAACAGAAAUAUUGUCGUACUUUUUCGCGAUUGUAUCGGGCUGCAAAACGUGAAUCUCUCGUAAUGGAAAAUCGUGGGUUACGGUCCAAUCCUGCGGUGAUUCCAGAAAGGUCCCCAUGUAAGAUACAUGAUAGACCUGCUUUCUCGCCAGUUAGGCGCAGAUUGACUAUAUGUGACAAACCUCUAAAAACCUAUAAGUGCAGCAAAGCUCUUGAUGAUGGUAAUCCAAUAAAUCGUAGGAAGAAAUCUUUCACUGGCCAACUACAAGAAAUGCGGUUUGCAGCUAUCACAAGUGAUAUUGUAUCUAUGGAAAAGUUGUUGGAUGAAGGGAUAUCGCCCAACCUUCCUGACACACAUGGACGAACUCCUCUUCAUUAUGCGGCAAACAAGGGUCACAAGGAGAUGGUUGAAUUAUUGUUGCGCCAUGGUGCUAACCCGACUAAGCAGGAUCGUGCCGGCAACACACCAUUGUACGUAGCUGCAGUCACAGGCAAUACAGAAAUAGUGACACUACUUUUAACAACCAAUACUGUUGGUCAGCCGGAUAAUUAUAAUCCACUGGAACUACUCCGAGUAAAAACGGAGCUAUUGAAGUAUAGCAAAACAGACAACGAUAUAACAAACCUCACGCGAGAAAUACGCAGUUUAACGAUGAUACUAGAAAAAUCUCCACAAAUGAAAAAGGAAAUGCAAGCACAGGUGGAAUCAUUGAGCAGCAUUUACUCGAAGCUCUCCUUGUCCAAUUCGGAGAAAGUUCACGACGAUAUUAAAGAUUUACUGGAGAAUUUAGAGGCUCUUUGUGUAACGAAUAGCUCAGAAACUACUGAAGCGGCACCGUAGUGUACCAUGAUACACGUUGUUUCUAAAUUACGAAUUGGAAGCAAAAUCUUUUUUAGGGUAUAAGAAAAUCUGUGUAAUGUACUAUUUUCAGAAGCUAAGCGUACUUUUGUACAUGCAUAUUGUAUGUCCAUGAGCUAUACUUCUAUGCGAGAUAUUAGCUAGUAAUUUGUUUAAAAUAAUAGUUGCUUUUCUUGUGUGUUGUGUGCGUACGCACAAAAAUUCUUUCUUAUCAUGAUGCAUUUUUAUUAGGACUUAUUUAAGUCGUUUAGAAUUAAUCAAUUAUGAGAUAUUUUUAAGUCUAUGUAAAAGGUAUAUACAGUUAGAUGUAAUUUCAAUUCUAAUAUUCUUGAAUCUAGUAAAAUAUGUAUUAUUCGCUGCAUGAAUUCAAUAUUUUUAGAUUGUGUUUGCAACAGACAUGCACGAAAAACAGCUAUUAUUCUCUAUUUUGACUGUAUCUUUAUAACGAUAAGGAAAAUUAAAAGUGUCUGAGCUAAACACUUUAACUUACACUUAAAAACCUGACGAAGUUUUGCAGAUACCUAAAACUGAGUUUGAUUAUAAGAUUGUCCUUUUUAAGAUAAUAUACGACAAUAUUGAUAUAUAUACACUGGGAAUAAGAUGAUCUCAACGAUGUCACUGUGGAAGAACAGUAUCUAUAUCUUAUAAAUUUCUCACUUUUUGUAUCUGCAAUCUCUGAUCAUGUAAGAAAGACACGUCAAUAUAUUAGAAUGCUUUUAUAAACGCUGUAUGUAAUGAAGCUUCAAUAAGAAAUAUAUAAUUGUAUGUAUAAUACAAUACAGAGAAAUAAAAUGUUUUUAUAAAUAAA